AUGGAGCAUUCUCCUCCAAAACACAUUGAUACUUCAUUGAAAGGAAUUGUCACUAAAGCCCAAAAGCUCCGAAGGUUCAUUGAAGGGGAUGAAGGUGUAUAUUUGCUUAUGGCCUUGAGGCACGCUUCUCAGGCACUGGGACCCACCCAGAUUUAUGCAUCCCUUGCAUCCAAGAAGACUAUAGCCGUCGAGAAAUUAAAAGCUGGCCAGGUUUAUCUUUCGACCUGCCCAUUCAAGAAGAUAUCAAUUUUCUUUGCAAAUAAGAUGAUUGGGGAAGCAGCAUCAAAAGCAACAACUCUGGGUGUCGAUUGGCAAAAUACUGUGAACGGUUUGGUGUACCUUUGA